AUGCGAUCAUGGACCGCUGGUGCCACGCAUGCCGUGUUCUACGAUGCGCUCACAUACGCGUGCACGCUCAAGGGCUGGCUGCACGAACCGCCGCAGAAGUCCGCUGCGCUCACGCAGGCGCCGCAGCGCCAGCAGGAGCACGUCGACGAGCUUGUCGCCGCCGUGGUCGAGCAACCCCACUAUGGGAACGAGGGCAUCAUGACAAAACCACUGGCGGUCUACGUCUUCUACGAACGGCACGAAUAG